AUGUCAGAACAGAAUCAAGAAUUAAUUAAAGAACUAAUUCAAGGAUGGAAUUUAAACCGUGGACUAAUUGUAUUCAACGAUAGUUUUAUUCCGAGUAAAAAACCAUUUCUUGAUGGUAGAAUUGAUUUUAAACCAAGUUUCGAGGAACCAUUAGUGUUCGUCAGUAAAAAAUGUCAAGAAACUACUGAUGUUGGAGAUUCUCCUUGGGAACAAUUGAAAACAUCUUACCCUAUAUAUUCAAUAUUAUGCGAUGAUGGAAGUCCGGAAACUCUCUUUUAUCCUCAUGAAGAUGACAUAAGCAUCUUGUUUCCAAUUGCCGAAAUAACAUAUGAUGUAGACCCAUCUUUAUAUACCUUAUU